CAACCGUGAGGUCCAUCAGAAUUUGACAUUUCUCCAGAAAAAUAAUCCUGGUAAACUAAGUGUGCCACAAAAAUUCCAUGAUAUCCUCCAAAUUAUUUGUUUUUUUCCUUUAUUUAAAAGAUUUCAGUUAGUUCCUGUCUCAGUUAUCAGUAAGAGCUACGUUUAAUUCGUUCUGUCCUUUAUCAUUAUGAUAAUCUGAAUGUUCAACAGUGAUAAGAAGUCAACAUAUUUCAGUCAUCUGUCAGGAUAAUGCCGUGAAAAGGAUUCUCAAGAAGAGAUGGAUCUCCUUCUUGGGUUACUCAUUGAGCCCAAAUUUCAGUUAUAUCCGAAGCGUUUCUGUAAAUAUCAUGUACCCUAAUUUAAUUUAACCUGUCAUGUGGAAAGUUGCAAUCAAAGUUCAAAUUUACUGUAGCCCUUGAAUCCACCAAGAGCCUCCAUGAUUAUCUGCUCUAGUGCGAUAGCUUUGGGAGACAAUUUCGCUUUAAUGAAUGUUAACGCACCAGUAUCUGUCGAAAAAAUUGUUCGGAAUGACGGAGGAGUGUUCGAAUUUACAGAGGAUGGCCAGCAUCAUCCGUUUCUGAAUGGUGUCAUUGACUCUCCGACAGGAGGAGCUAAGAAAUCUUUGUCUCAGCAGACUUGUGGUGAAGCGGCCGACGAUUCUAACGAAAAUAGUCCGAGGUCCACCUCCAUUGAAAAUGGAUCGUUAUGUAAGCUUACCAAAGACAACCCAAUUUCCAUACCAAAAAACUUGGAACUGGGGAGAAGUGUCUGUUCGUUCUCCGAGGAGACUGGAGAAAUGCUAACCAUUUCGACCGAGCAGAAUGGUGUGGAUGAGUGUAUGAAAAGUGACACAGAAUGCUUAGAAAAAAAGCUAGACUCAAAUGUUCCAUAUGCAGAUCUCAACAGUGUGAACUACAAGAAUUCCAUCAACUCACCUGCUUUAAUUGACACAACGUCAAGUUUGAGCAGUACUUUAACGAGAAUGGUCUCAGAAACCGUGAAUAGUGCAGUAUGCGAAUCACCUGGUGUCGAUAAAAUUCCAAUGUUGAAUAAUUCUGAUGCUCUAAUAGAAGCAACUGCCCAGUCAUGUGAGAAUGUCAGAACUGCUCUUACUCUAAAUAAUUUCAAUAAUAGUAUUAAUGACUUGGUAUUAGAGAGUCACAAUCCUAAAGAAUAUAUGGAUGUCACAGAUGAACUGAACUUAUUACUGAGGCAUUCUGAAGGGGAUGUAAUGCUUAAUGAGCAAAAGAAUGCAUCAAGCUCAGAAGGUGAAGGAGAGAACAGCACAGGAAGUAAUAGAGCGGACGAAAUCGACCUGAAUAAUGCUCAAGCAGAAAAUUCAGUAUUAAAUUUAUCACCAGUUAAAAAUUCUGAAGGUUUAAGAAGAACCCUUGAGGAUCUGUCAGAAUUAGAUCAGGACCCCCAGAAACAGCAAACGGUCGGUGAGCCACACGACGAAAUAAAUUCCAUGAAUAUUCAAGACUAUGCAAAUUUGAAGGUCGAAUGCAGCCACUAUAAAUCAGAAAACGAACAACUUCAGCAUCGGUUAUCAAUUUUAGAAUCCGAAUUGAAUUCAUUCAAAGCCCAACAGUCUCAACUCUUGUCAACAAUUGAACAACAGGAGAAACAAAUCAAUCAGAUCAAUGAAAACGCCAAGCGACAGCAAGAAGUUGAUGCUAAAUCUUAUGAAAAAUUUAAACAGGAAUUAGAAAUGCAGAAUGAAAAGCUAAAAAAAGAAUGGGAAACAAUGAAGCAUGAAAAAGAGCUCAGCGUCAUGAAGUACGCCAAGGGUGAAAUGGACGUCAUCAAGCUUCGAGAAAAAAGUGAAGCGUUUCAAAAAAAGUUACUAGACGUCACAAAAGAAAGAGAUAAUGCGCACGCAAACAUGAAGCAGUUAAUUUCCGAUAAAGCGAAGUAUUCGCAAAUGUAUGACAAUAAGUGUUCAGAAGUUCGAGUAGCUCAUAAUGAGAUAGAACAGCUGAAGUCUGACCUUAAUUCUAAUAAUAACAAGUUAAAAAAGACACAGAACAAAUUGAAAGAAGAGCAAGAGAGCCAUAAGGAAACGCAGAGUAAGCUCGAUGAAGUAACUAGUACAAUUGAAACCGCAAAAAAAGAAGCAGAACAAGUGAAACUGGAAGCUGAAGCCAGCAUAAAAAAAUUUAAAAUUUCACAAGAAAAUCGAGCCUUUGUCCUAGAACAACAAUUGAAAGAAGAACAAGCAAAAUUAAUUCUAUCGCGGGCAGAGAAGGAAGAUUUGGACAAGAAGAUUCAGACUUUAUCAGCUAAGCUCCAACAAACAGAAACAGAGAUUAAGAAGCUUACAGAAACUAAUGAAUGUCUUUCAGAGCAGGUUUGUAGCAUCGAAAAAGAGAAAUUAGAAUUAGAAGUUAAACUGAGCACAAUGCAGCAAUUGAUGGACAAAGAGGUGCAAGAAAAUGUAGAAUUAGAAUCGAAACUGUCAGAACUGCGGACUGUGAAGCAGGAACUAGAAGAAGAGAAGAAAAAAACAGCAUCAUUGGAAACGGAGGCAAUAACAUUGAGAACAAGCAAUGAAGAAUUGUUGAUCGAUAUGGAAAGCUGCCGUAAAAGGGAGGCAGAAAUGCUAGAUUUCACAGAACGAUUAACUGCUCAAAAUGUCAAACUUCAAUCUGAUUUUUCUGCUCUCAAAGCCAAGAAUGAAGAAUUAGAAAUAGAACAAAGUAAAGUCAAUGAAAUAAAAGCGGAAUUAGAAGAUGUAAAAAGUCAACGCUCAGAAGAAAGCAAAAUCCUAAGUCAUCAAAUCGAAAAACACACUCAGCGGUAUGAAGAAAUAUCAAAACAGCUCGCUGAACAAAAAUCAGAAAAUGUGGUACUUAGGCGCAAAAAUGCAGCAACGAUCAGAGAACUGACUCGGGAGCUUCAGCAGUUAAAAAAGCAAUUGACGGAACAUAGUGAUGGAGGGGGCAGCGGUAGCAACUCUCUGUGCCAAGACUCGAGGGCGUCCUCCUGCACCUCGCUCACAGACACAUCUCAAGCAUUGUCUUCUAACCCUGGCAGUAUUCGAAUGGAACCAGAUAAGCAGACCCUCAUCGAGCGGAUUGUGGAAUUGCAAAGGCGGAACGCCCAGUACUUAGAAAAGAUUGAGUUCCUUGAGGAGCACAAUAAGGAAAUGACGGAGGAAUUGAAAAAGAAGUCUAAAAUAGUUCAAAAUUUCAUGCUUCGUGAACCUGUUGGUGCUUUGUCCUCUAAUUCUAUGGAUACCAAUAAGCUUUUUCUGAUGCAAUCUCUUUACUUAACAAAGGAGAUGGCUUUGUCGAAAAAAGGGUACAUGGCCUCGUUAUAUAGUUCCCAAAUCAAAGAUAAAAAUAUGACUUUGGAGACGAGCCUAGAAAUUUGCCAAACUCUUCACUCUCUCCUUGAAGAUACCAUUUUGAAGAAUAUUACCUUGAAGGAAAACAUGGAUACUUUGGGUGAGGAAAUAGCCAGGCUUCGUAGUGAACAAACGAAAGAGGGGAAAAGUUAGUGGUGCUUAUCAAGUUAUUGAUAACCACCCGAUCAAUAUGGGUGCUAAAAAAUUGUACAUAGGACAUAAUUUAUCAUUGUUUGGUAAAAAAUUAUUGUUAUUAGUUUUUAUAAUAAAUUAUUUUAUUAACUUAUUGUAAAUCAUUGAUGCAAGUACGAAAGGUGUAAAAAGUGAAAUACAAAAAGCAGUAUUCUUUUUCUGA